CCGGACCAAAGGGAGAUUAUCCACUUCGACGAGAGCAACCCGGAAAUGAUAAGGGACCGAAUAUCAACAAUGAUUUGGAGUGAAUAUACGCGAAUUUGAUGGUAUGGCAAUGUAUCAACAUCGUCGUCAAACCGCAGCAGAGCUAUAGAGGACUCCUAUCUCCAUUAGGCAAUAAUGUGAUAUGAGUUCACACAAUGUUGUUUUCAUCAAACCAUGGAAUCAACAUUGUGUUGAGCGAGAACAACUCUGUAGCAUCAUGGCUCCUGAAGCAACACCAGGGACUGUGCAUUACCAACAAACCCAUGCUGAAGGAAGAUAUUGUAAAUCUAACUGUACAAGGAAGUGGCCACCUUGCUAUCGGCCUCCUGCAAACUCUGCCACAUGAUCUGAUCAGUACUGGCGAUGGUGGCUCGCUGCAAGAAGGCGUCCACUGGCAUCGUUUCCGGUUCAAGAAGGACCACCUAGUUAUCUCCCUUCAACGCGCCAGUGCCCAGACGGUGACCGUGCACCAAGGGAAGGAACUCGUGGAUACAGUUGAGCAUCGCCAUCUGAGCAAAGGGGCUGGGCUAUGGGUAUGCCUGGAUGUUCAAUCAGGCGAUAUGAAAAUCAAGAUAGAUUCUGAAACUAGCCAGAACCAAGGUUGUGGCUUCUUAAUGAAUGCUCCACGUACUAUUGCCUUCAGCGAGACCUCGGGACCAAACAUUGUAAUCUCUAACGGCGCGACAUGCGCAGGUCUCGUCAAGCCUUACGGUGGCGCCCUCUGUGUAAUAGAUCAUCCGCUCAAGAAGGGGGAGGCAAUCCACUUCAGCAUUGCUCAAAUGAAUUUCACCUCGGUCGCCUAUGUGAAAGUGUUUCUGACAAAUAUAAUACCGGUUCUGUUGACAUUGAACAGCAGUGUGGACACCACGGGCCGGCUCUUCCCGCUGUUCAGUAUUGACGUCGAUGCCGACCUCGACGUAAAGCUGCAGAUCAAGGGCGACGGACGCGUGACCUACAGGGUCAUGACUGUUAAGAAGAGUGCCACUGUACACGGCCUUGACCUGGCAAGGCCAGUAUUUGUCUGUAUUCAGCUAUAUCAGGUCAAGGUCAAGUUGACGCCACCGCCAGACACUAACAACAUGGUCACGGAUUAUGGUUUUGUGCCAUCGACACCAUUGGCUCUGCGACCAAUUCACUCUUCUCCGCCUUCAAUCGGAAGACCCCCUCGAGACACGCUUGUCAAGAAGCCAUGAAGACGUCAUAUGUGUUAUCUAUGGUAUUUGUGUGUUGCAUGAACGCUGAUUUGUGUAUUUGGAAUAUCUAUGAUCAGUUACAAACAAGCACGAUCUGUGUACAAUCAUAAAGGAGGUUCGUGAAACAGCUAUCUCCCUUAGUAGAAUGGCGGAGCUUGACAAAUAUUCUGUGAAAAUCGAAGUCUCAUUUCGGGACGUCACUUGUCAUGUAAUAAUCUUGGAGGUGUAUUAUGUUAUAUUUUCGUCAUAUUUUAAUCUCUUUCCUCUUGUCAAAUUUUUAUCUAUUACUCUUUUUGAAUAAACUAUGUACAUGUA